UAUUGUCACGCGUUAACUUCAGACUGUACAUCGUGUCAACUAGCGCCCUCUUAAAUCAAUAUAUAUAUAUAUAUAUAUAUAUAUAUAUUUAACUGUUCAUCACACAACCAUUAUUCUUUCUUUGUUAUAUACCACGUUGAGAUCCAGUGUUAAUAAUUUUUAUAUUAUAAAGGAAGACAAUGGGUUUGCCGCAAGUAUAUUUUGAUAUCACUGCAGAUGAUAAGCCUAUUGGACGUAUAAUAAUGGAAUUAAGAUCCGAUGUGGUACCAAAAACAUCAGAGAAUUUUCGUGCUCUUUGUACAGGAGAAAAAGGAUUUGGUUACAAAGGUAGUACCUUUCAUCGUGUAAUUCCAAAAUUUAUGUGCCAAGGAGGUGAUUUUACAAAUCAUGAUGGCACUGGAGGUAAAUCCAUUUAUGGAGAGAAAUUCGAAGAUGAGAACUUCAAACUUAAACACACUGGACCUGGUAAUCUUUCCAUGGCUAAUUCCGGAGAAAAUACCAAUGGAUCUCAAUUCUUCAUAACAACUACUAAAACUUCUUGGUUGGAUAAGAAACAUGUAGUGUUUGGUUCUGUUAUCAAAGGUAUGGAUGUAGUCAAAAAGAUAGAUAGUUUUGGUACCCAAAACGGCAAGACACUUCAAAAAAUAGUGAUUGCAGAUUGUGGACAGCUAUAAAAACCUUUCUAUCACAUAUUAAGUCUAUCGAAAAGUUCUGUCCAUUUUUUAAAUAAAACAAAAUAAUACAUUUUUCAUAAUAAAUUUUAUUGAAUGAUAUAAUUACCAUCAGUUUUUAUGACUUCUUACCAGCAUGAUGGUAAUUUGUAUAUCCCAUUUUUAAAAAAUGCCUCAUCCAUAGGAGCAAAAAAUUGAACCAGAGUUUGUCUGAUAUAUUCUUUGUUUUUGAAUUUCUUGCCCUGCAAAAAAUUUUCUAAGGACAAAAACAAGUGAUAAUCAGAGGGUGCUAGAUUCGGGGAGUAUGGUAGAUGCAAUAGAAUUUCCUAGUCUAGCCCUAUGAGUUUCUGACGAGUCUCUAAAACAGUAUACGACCUAGCAUUAACAUAAAGCAAUAUGAUAUCCUUCCUGUUGAAUGUCACCGGUCUCUUUUCUUGGAGUGCUAUUUUUAAAUUAUCCGAUUGGUGACAGUACCUCUCCGAAUUUAGCUUUUCGUUUGGUUUCAACAGCUCAAAAUGUAUUGGUCUUCGAAAUUCGGUUUAGAGAUGGAGGGGACAGAUUUUCCGGGUUCACAAUAUGCCCUUUUCCUUACGAUAUUUUCCAAAAGGUAAUCCACUUUUCAUCCCCCAGUUAUCAUUCAGUUCAAGAAGGGAUUUGAUUUUGUUCCAUGCAAGUAGAGAUGUGCAUAUGAUAUAAUAUCGAUCAUUCAAAUUCUUCUCACUUAACUCAUAUGACACUCAUCUCGAAGAUUUCCACACCAAUCCUAAUUUCUAAAUAUGGUCUGAAAUGAUUUGUUGAGCUGAAUCAAGCCUUUCCGUAAUCUCCGAUGUUGU